GGUGCGUGUGCCGUGUGUGCGUGGACUGGUGCGUGCGGGCGCGUCGCUUGCCGCUGCUAUGCCGUGCGGGAGUUCGGCGAUACGACCGGCGCGAGUCUCUCUGACAGCUGACAGCGGGAUGACAGCCCGAUGACGUCUGGCGACGCGCCGGCUUGACCCACCGUACUCCGAGCUGCAGACCGAACCCGAGCAGAGAUGCAAGGCAUCUGCGAGAACAUUCGCACGGCGAUCGAACACGGACGUACUGACAUUAUCAGGUCGCUCCUGGACGCGUGUGAGAACGGUAAUGCCACGGAGGGCAUCACGAGAGACAAGAUACUGAAUCAACCGAUCUUGGAAGAAGGGACUUUCUUGUCGUAUGCCUCGAAGACUAACCAGGCGGACAUUGUGAGAACUCUUCUGAAUUGCGGUGCCGAUCCAGCUGUGCAGAACGCGAAUGGACAUAAUGCGGUAGAUGUUGCCUCGAGCGAUGCAAUACGACGUAUUUAUAUAGAUGAAAUGUUAAGGGCAACAGCUGCUUCUGAAGUAGACAGAGUAGUGCAGUUGCUAGAUGCAGGAUUGGAUGUUAAUUCGUGGGACUCGCAGGGUAGCAAGAACACACCACUGCAUUGGGCAGCAUGUUACGGGAACAAAGACAUUAUCGCGUGUUUACUUGAUAAAGGAGCGAAUGUAAAUGCCGAGAAUGGUUGCGGUGCAACGCCGUUACACGAUGCAGUGAAUCGUGGCGACAUCGCUAUCUGUCAGGAACUAUUGCAGGCUGGCGCAAAUCCUCUUAUACGGGCUACCAAAGGAACAUUUGCGGGGAAAACGCCGUACGAAUUGUCCAGAAAGAAGCAAUCUCUACACUCUUUCCUUCUAAGAUUUAUAUCGAAUUUCAUGCUGAAUGAGAACGAAACAAUACACAGUGCCACUACGUUGUACCCAGAUACGAACUAUUAUCAGGGUCUCACGUGCAAUAUGAGCCAACUGUCGGUCGAAUCUACCAAGUCGUCGGAUCCGGCGUAUGAUGUGCCUUCGCGUGAUGCAGGCAAAGAGAGUCCUAGCAAAUCUAUCGCCGAUAAAGGAAGUAUCUAUAACUUGCUGUGGCCACAACCGAAGACUGUGAACGAACUGAAAAACUUCACGGCCCCAUUUAUCGCUGGAAAGGAACUUUUUAUAUCAAUAAUACAGGGCAGUGAAUCUGUACAUAAAAUACUAGACGUAUGGGAGAUUAGCAGAACUCAUCUGCUGGAAUUGGGUCAUGAUGUAAAGAUUGGCGAAGUGCAACCUAGUUGCGGCAAGCUGCUCAACGACAAUACGAUCGAAUGCAUCGUAAAUAGAAACCUUUUUAACAUU